GUCUUACUAUAGACAAUAACAAGGGAAAACAGCCUAUCUACGAAUCAGAAACCUACAACAAGCAUAGCUUAGACAAAAACCUAGAAAAUACAAAUGCUACUACCAAAACAAACAGGCUUGUUAAUGAUAACAAAAAGAUCGAAAGGAAUGAAGAUAGACAAAAAAAGAAUCCUCUCACGUGA